AGCAACAUAACUUGAACGUUCAACAGAGUUUCAAGAUAUAACCAACCAACUACGCAACAAAGAGAAGAACAAUGGCAAAACACACUGGCUUGAUAGGUUGCUCCAUGUUCAUACUGUCUUUAUUAUUUGCAGCAACAGAGGCAACAGAGUACAAUGUUGGUGGCAGCUUUGGAUGGAAUACCCCUCCGAAUCAGACCUUCUAUUCAGACUGGGCUAGCUCCAAGACCUUCUUCGUUGGCGACUCACUGGUGUUCAACUUGACUGAAAACCAGAAUUUUGCCGAUGUAACAAUGGCCGAUUACAACAGCUGCAGCACCAACACGGACCCAUUCGCGGGCAACGGUCCGAGCAGGAUAGUGUUUACAGUUGAUCUCUUGCAUCCAGGGCCUCGCUACUUCAUUAGCACCGUCGAUAAUCACUGUGCAAGAGGCCAGAAGUUCAGCAUCAACGUUGAGAAGCCAUUCUCUUUUGGUCCCUCUCCUUCAGCGACACCACCUUCCAUUAAUUCUGCCUUGUCUGCAUUCCUCUCCACCAUUGCUGUCUAUUUCUUCACCCGCAUCUAGGUUUAUGGUGAUUCAUAUAAUUAGACACCAGAAGUGGUCUUUGUAUUCGUUGAAUUAAGAGAAAAUAACAACAACUAACCAAAAUUUAUUUUAGUCAAGUUAAACCUCAAAUGAU